GCACGUUUUACUAUUCUGAAAAAUCAGGCUCGCUUACUUUGGAGCUACCGCACUAUAGGGGCACCUGCCUGGAAUCUGCGCACUCUAUCCUAUGAGGAGUUGCAGAAAUAGCCGCGACACAAAAAGAAGGCUACUUCAAUGGCGUUGCUUCAGGUUCUUGCAACUUUGUGCUGCACGCUGUGCUACGCAAGUUCGGCCAAUCCCAAGGAAUUCACGGACGUCUUGUUAAGUAGGAGGCCCGAUCUGGCCGUCUACCAGAACUUCACCAAGUGCCUGUUCCGUGGCUCGACGUGGCACGCGCUCUACCGGAACACGGAGGACGAUGGCUUCGGCCCUGAUGACCGCUGCCUCAGGGACACCCAGACGAGCGAGUUAGCCGCCGGAAGCACCCGCGUUCGUUUCCGCUACGGCACUGGUCAAGAAUGGAACGGAACGACGUGGUUCAUGGAGCCCGGAGGCCAGAUCAGCCCUAACACCCUCAAGAGCCUUCUCGAUGGAGGCGAGUAUUGCUGUGAAACAAGCAGGGAAACAUAA